CGGGCGCUCCGAGGCUAGAGGGAAGGAGAAGGGAUCAGGAGCGGGAGCUGAGGGGAAAGAGGUCGGUCCGGGUCUGGACGCUGUCGCUGCUCGCCCGAGGUCUGCAGGCCGGGCUGCGGCUCAGUCCUCGGCUCCUGGGCACAGUCUACGGAGGCUCCGCCGGGCCAGCGUGGGAGAGCCGCAGGCGGCGGCCGCCGCAUCAUGUCAACCAAGGACGAGCGGGCCAGGGAGAUCCUGAGGGGCUUCAAACUAAAUUGGAUGAACCUUCGGGAUGCUGAGACAGGGAAGAUACUCUGGCAAGGAACAGAAGACCUGUCAGUCCCUGGAGUGGAGCAUGAAGCCCGUGUUCCCAAGAAAAUCCUCAAGUGCAAGGCAGUGUCUCGAGAAUUGAACUUCUCUUCAGCAGAGCAAAUGGAAAAAUUCCGCCUGGAACAAAAAGUUUACUUCAAAGGGCAAUGCCUAGAAGAAUGGUUCUUCGAGUUUGGCUUUGUGAUCCCUAACUCCACAAACACCUGGCAGUCCCUGAUAGAGGCAGCGCCCGAGUCCCAGAUGAUGCCAGCCAGCGUGCUAACUGGAAAUGUUAUCAUAGAGACAAAGUUUUUUGACGACGAUCUUCUUGUAAGCACAUCCAGAGUGAGACUUUUCUACGUUUGAGAGAAGAAUAUGUGUGCAUUUCAAGAAUUCAUUUUUUUAGGGGGAAGGAGGAAACUGUUUACUUUUUUCCUCUAUACAUUUGAUUUUUGACACUUCCACCCCUAAUUCCCUCUACGGCAAAACCCACCUGCGGCCACCAGGGGACCAGCUCUGUGUAGGUAACCAGAUGGCUUUUUUCUCUCAAGCCACCAUCUUCAACUGACCAGAUUAAACUCCCAAUCCCGGACCAGGGCAGAGGGCAUGCCUCAACUCCUUCUUGGAGUAGACACGGGGACAAACACAUACCAGAAGCUGUUCCCGUCACCCUGCCUCCUUCUUGGGCCCUGCAGGCAACACAUCUUCCUUUGGCCCCUGGUUUUGGAAAAGUUCAAGUUCCUGACCCACGUUUAGUUUUUUCCUACCAUUUCUAUUUCAUACAUUCUCAUACAUUUAACUUGUAAAAUAGACUGUGAUAUUAUUGUUACAUAGUGAAUUAAAACAUAUGAAUUAAAAUAUUCCUAUGUCUUUAGCAUGG